CCGGUAAUCGAAAUCAAAGGCAACGCCUUUUGGAACUCUGACACAGCGGAAAGAUUUUAUAUUAAAGGUCUAGAUUACCAACCUCGUUCAACGAAUGCCUCUCAAAGUUUUUAUGAUCACCUAGCAGACAAAUCCACCUGUGAAAGAGACAUUGAAUAUUUCAAAGAUUUGGGAAUCAACACCAUCAGAGUUUACUCCAUUGAUAACUCCCUUGAUCAUGAUUAUUGUAUGAAUUUGCUAGAUGAAGCUGGCAUCUAUCUUAUCCUCGACAUCAACACUCCAGAGGCUUCAAUUCACAGAGAAGGCCCUGAAUGCUCUUACAAUAUGUUUUACCUUCAAUCUAUUUUUUCCACUGUCGAUGUCAUGGCCAAGUAUGAUAAUCUUAUUGGCUUCUUCGCUGGUAACGAAGUCAUUAAUGAUCCUUCAAACACCAAUUCUGCCAAAUAUGUCAAAGCAAUUGUUAGAGACUUGAAAAACUAUAUUUCAUCUCAAAAUUAUAGAAAAAUCCCCGUAGGUUUUUCUGCCGCUGACGUCGUAUCCUUGAGAGAACAAAUGAAAGAUUACUUCUAUUGUGGUGAUGACGAUGCAGCUAAAAUCGACUUUUGGGGUCAUAACGUUUACUCAUGGUGUGGUGAAUCGGAUAUGGAAGCUAGUGGUUUUAAUGAUUUAUUAGAUUUGUUCGAAAAUUACCCAAUUCCAAAUUUCUUUUCGGAAUUCGGUUGCAACACCAUCUCCCCAAGAAUCUUUCAAGAAGUUCAAGCAAUUUUUUCCUCUCAAAUGUCAAGCGUCUUUUCAGGAGGUUUGGCCUAUGAAUAUUCUCAAGAAGACAAUAAUUAUGGUUUAGUCAAAAUCACUGAUGGCAAGGUAUCAACUUUACCAGACUAUGAUUACUUGAAAUCAGAAUUUGAAUCCAUAAAUUUACCCAGUGGUGAUGGUGAUUAUUCAAACUCUAAAUCUUCAAUAUCCUGUCCAACAGUCCAAGCUGGUAUUUGGGACUCUGAUAAUGAUUUACCAACUCUAGACGACAUUGAUAUCUUCUUCUCAAAUGGUGCUGGAAAACACCUUGGUGCUAACGCUGGAGACACUAGAUUUAAAUGCUCGUCUAAUUUCGAUUAUAAUAAAUUCUCAUCCUCAUCCUCAUCUUCAUCUUCCUCUAAAACAACCUUGUUAUCAGUAAGACAAUCCAAGACUUCUCAGUCUCAGACUAAAACUAUAACAUCCUCUCUUUCUUCAUCAACUUCAUCCACUACC